CGCUGUACUUGUUGUCCUCAGCGAGACUCCUCUAUCGGGUUCGGAUCCGUGUCGGGACCCGUUCCAACUCCUUCCCAAUCGCGAUCCUUCGUAUGUAUCAUCUCGUCGUCCCUCUUUCACCUCUCAUCAGCGAUCCGAGUGGUUAAUUAAAAAGAAACAAAAAAGAAUAGGGAAACAGAAAUGGAAGAACAAUUCAUACUGCGAGUUCCACCUUCGGUAUCGGAGAGGAUCGAGCGGCUGUUCAAUGAGAACGCGUCCUCGUCUUCUGAAGAUGCUUCCCUCGAUUUAUCCUUUGAAGAGGAUGGGAGAACUGGCACUUUUCUAAUUGGUAACGAGAGGUUCCCUGCUGCACUCUUGGAUCUUCCAUGUGUCGUGGAAUCAUAUAAAACUUAUGAUGAUAAUGUUUUAAUUAAAACUGCAGACGUUGGUCAGAUGAUAAUGAUCAGAGAAGAAGGUGAUCCUUCGCCAGAAGAAGUUGAGUACAGGCACGGCCUUACUCCUCCGAUGAGGGAUGCUCGCAGGCGGCGAUUUCGCAGAGAACCUAACCUCAAUCCAGAGCUAGUCCAGCGGGUAGAGAGAGAUCUGCUGAACAUUAUGUCUGGGGGAACGGUAGAAAAUGCUGAUUACAAUGAGCCGGCAUCAAUUGGUGAUCGCAAAAAGGCUGCAGCAGGACCUGCAGCCAAGCCAGAGGUUAUUCCAGUGGAAGCUCCUCCAACAGGUGGUGAACCAGAAAAAAGUGAUUCCGAUGAUUCGAUGGAUCCUGAAAACUAAAGGAGAAAGCAGUUUGUGUGAUAUCUUAAAUUGGUAAAAUUGUAUAACAAUAAUUCUGUGUGAACACACUGCAACUUGUUUAUGUUUGCAAAAAUUUGGGCUCUGUAUGGAGGGUCAUUCUCGGAGGCCCUUAAUUGCAAUAAUAUUCACAAUUUAAUUUCA